AUGGCAUCCUCCACAGCCGAAACUGCCGCUACAGGCGAGGCGGCUCCUGCGGCGAACUCGCCUCCCGUCGCUAUUGUCUGCGUUGGCAUGGCAGGAUCUGGAAAGACCACCUUUAUGCGUCGUAUUAAUGCUCACCUCCACCAGAACGACACUCCUCCAUAUGUCAUCAACCUCGAUCCCGCUGUCUUGUCUGUACCCUUCGAGGCCAACAUCGAUAUUCGCGACUCAGUCAACUAUGAGGAGGUUAUGAAGCAGUACAACCUUGGUCCUAACGGUGGAAUUUUGACGUCGCUUAACCUCUUCGCUACAAAGGUCGACCAGAUCGUCAACUUGCUCGAGAAGCGCGCUCAACCCGACCCCGAGAAGCCCGAUCGCAAACCUAUUGAUAGAAUUCUUGUCGACACACCUGGUCAAAUCGAGGUUUUCGUCUGGUCCGCCUCUGGAACUAUUCUUCUCGAGUCGCUAGCGUCGUCUUUCCCUACUGUCAUCGCCUAUAUUAUCGAUACCCCACGAACUGCGUCGACUUCGACCUUCAUGUCCAACAUGCUUUACGCCUGCUCUAUCCUUUACAAGACCAAGCUCCCCAUGAUUCUCGUCUUCAAUAAGACUGAUGUCAAGGAUGCUGAGUUUGCAAAGGAGUGGAUGACCGAUUUCGAAGCAUUCCAGGACGCUCUACGAAAGGAUGAAGAGUCUGAUGAGCGGGGUGGUGCCGAGGGUGGUGGUCACGGUGGAAGCGGAUACAUGGGCAGCCUACUCAACUCGAUGAGUCUCAUGUUGGAGGAGUUCUAUGCGCAUCUCAGUGUUGUCGGUGUCAGUUCGCGAUUGGGUACUGGCGUGGAUGAAUUCUUCGAGGCUGUCGAGGAGAAGAGGCAGGAGUUUUUGCGCGACUACCUUCCAGAACUCGAGAGAAAGAGGGCAGAGCGUGAGGAGCAAAAGAAGGCCACCCGAGAGAAGGAGCUGGAUAAGAUGAUGCAGGGAAUGUCGGUUGGUGGUCUGCCGGUAGCAAAGGAGGAGGAUGAGGCGGAAGUUGCCAGCGAUGAUAACGAUACCGAUUCCGACGAGGAGAUUCAGAAGCAGGGUCUUCAGGAGCGAUACCAGGCGGCCAUGGGCGAUAACGAGGACUCCGUCAUGGCAGACGCGAGUUUCGCCAAGUACCUCUACACUCAGAACAAAUAA